AUGCCCAUCAAGAAAGCUAUUGUCAUAAGAGGUAGACCGUCAUCUUGGCCAGAAGGACGUGAUCGAGGCGGCGAUGUUCACGGAAGAGAGGGAUUGGGCGAGUGUGGGAUGGGAUGGGCUGGUAGAAAGGAAGAAGAGCGUGAGAAGGAAGUCAAACCGGGCGGCGGCGAGUUCUUGAAGGGCACAGGGCGGGCGGAUCGUAACCUUCAUCAGAACAAUGACUUACCCCUCAGGGUAAAGCAGCAGCAAAUGGAGCGCUGUAGCAAACCUAUCCAGAUAGCGACAACGACAGCGACAGCGACAGCAAUGGCGAACAAUGUCCGAUUUCCCCUUCCCGGGAAGGGGAAAUGUGUUUUCAAUUGCAAUUUGCGGUGUUUCUUUUCAAUUUCCCAUCCAUCAAACCAGGUCGAGUCAUCUGUACCAUGGGUCCAAGUCGUCGUCACCUAUAACCUACUCAAAGAGAGCAGUGAGCGAAAUCGCAUUCACCCAAGCCUCCCAAGAACGCGGGUGUUGAUCCGCGGCGGCGCAGGGUGUGCCAGACGUUGCUCAGCAUUAGCCCCAGUACACCACAUAUUCGAAACCACACCUCUUAACUCCUCGCGGCAUGGCGCAAUAAAGAAAUCACAAUCCUGCCCGUGCGGCGUGUGGAGAUUCAGGCCGACAGAACCGCCAUCCGAAGUCGGUUUAGUUUAUUUCAAAAGCGUGAUGACAUGCAUCAUCCACACUGCAAGCCUCCAAAAAUAUUUUGAGGGCGGCGCUUUGCGGACAGCUCGCAUUACAAGCAUCCACAAAAAUAAACGACUGAACCCAACCCGACAUCAACCUGUCGCUUGUCAAAGGGAAACGGCACACAAUUGGGCAAGAAAGCGGAGAGAGAAAAAUCCCGUAGAGUAA